AAAAGCAUCUGCAGCUUCAUCCAUUCCAUCAGACCGUUAACGGACCUGAACUUAAAGCAUCUGAGAUUUCGACAGGGAACAGGAAAAUCAUGGAUUCUGCAAUUUCAAAAUCUACUCAAAGCCUUACCACUGCUGAGGACAUGAGGAAUGAAACCAAACUUAUGAUGCAGCCUUAUGCCAACUGGGAAGAGUAUCUGACUCCAGCACCUCUAUCCAUAGCCAUCCUGGGAGAGCUGGUCUUCAUCUCUUCCUCAACAGAUUUCUCCAUCAAUAAAAAUUCCCCUAAAGAUGGUUAUAAAUUCAUCAGAUACCCUGAUUCCUUUCGCGCUUGCCUCAUGCAAGUGUGUAACUCGGGUUGGUGGGCAUUUAAUGAGGCCCAUACAAGCAUGGAUCAGAUUCGCCUCCAUACUGGCCAAGUUCCAAAUUACAUGAAGACAGCUGUGAAGAUUCUGUUCCAAGGCGAUGAUGAAGUUGUCAAAGCACAUCUUCCAGAUCAGCUAGACAAUAUCAGAGUCAUUGCAGAUGAAUGUCUGAAGUUGUCUGAUGCAACUGAAAAGCGUUUCACUGAUGUCAUCAAAAUCAUCCAAGAGCUGCUGGAAGCGUGUGUGAAUGCAGAGCACUUUUAUGGGGAAGAGUUGGAAGCAGUCAAGAAGAAGCUGGAAGAGAGUAAACUGAGGGAGAAGACCGCUCUAGAGAUCAAUAAAAGGACUGAGAAGGCAAUGAGUGCCAUGGAGAAGGAACUGGAUCAGGCUCAUGAGAGCUACAAGAAAGCUCUGAAUUCUCUCCCUAGUGGAUGGGAAAUGAUUGGCAUGGAUUUUGUGAGUGGAAUAACACAGACUGUCACAGGCCUGAUUAAUGGAGUGGCAUCUGUUAUUACUCACCCAGUGAGAAACAUGUGUUCUGCAACAACAAAGAUGGCUGAUACUUUGAACUACAUUAGAGAUCAGGAAAGCACAAGAGAUGUGAUUGCUGAAAUAAAUGCAUAUAGUAAGUCUGCUGAAAUUUUAACAUGUGUCCAGAAUAUCCAGCAGCUGAUGAAUGUGGAUAGUGAGGAUGAUGACAUUGACUGGACAAAUCUGUAUGAUCAGAAGAACAAAUGUACAAAAAGUGAUUGCAUAAAAGGAUAUUUCAAAAGAAUCACUGAUAAUUUAAAGGAAAUCCCUAGCUGCCCCGCAAAGAAGCAAGCUAAGACGUUAUGCAAAGAUGGCAUGGAAAUAUGCAGCCAGCUGGCAAAAUAUGCACCAGAUGGCAAAUGUGACAAAGACAAAAGUACUAAAAUAAUACAAGAGGUCUUGGAUCUGAUCAAGUCAGCUCAUAUUUUUGAUUGCAAAAGCAAAGAUAUCACUAAUUCUCCAGCCAUUUCUCCAACACCACCAAUGAUGUUUAAAGAACAAAACAAGUUAGAGAACAUGAGUGCUUCUCAGAAGGCCACGGAGAAUGCACGAUACAAGAUAGAGCAGAGCCGAGCUCAGCUGAACAAGUCAAGAGAGACCUAUGAGAAGUGUGUGGAGAACCUAGAGAAGAACCAGAAGGAACUAACUGAAAUCCUGGUCUCUAUGAGAAAUUGUGAUCUGAAAAAGAUCGACUUCAAUACUACCAUAGAGAUGCUGGUUAAAGGAAUGGAUGUCAUGGGAAGAGUGAAGGAGCAGUGGGAGAAGAUGGUUCACUUCUUUCAGAUGGUUUCCAACAUUGUGAAAACCAGUCUGAGCAAAACUCUCAAAAACUUUGUCUCCACAUCAGAGAAAACACAAGCCCUCUCCUACAACGCAAAACUCUUCUCAAAAGAUCUGCUCUACACUCAAGCCUUCCAAGCCUGUAACAUCGCUAGUCUGGUCCAUAUGAUCUCUGGAACAUACACAGAUGUUUCCAGCAAGUACCUGAUGGACCGUGUCAGUUCACUGGGCAAACUGAUGGCCAUGGAUAAAAGUAAACCAGAAUUUGAGCAUGAGCGAAAACUGCUCCAGAACGGCUGUGACGAGGCACAGAAAGGCAUUUUAAUGCUUGUCCUGCAGAAUAAAGAGGAGUAUGACCGGAAGAGCACUGCAAGACUAGAAAGGAUUGAUCGAGAAUUGCUUGCCAUUCUACCUGCUGCUCCUCCAGAACAAAUCAAGAGAAUUCAAGAGGUCGUUCAAACUGGAUUCACUGAAGAAGAAGAAGCAUCAUACUUCUGAGAGAUUUUACCAAUAUUUAUUUUACAACCUUGCUACGUACAAAAAUACUACCAUAGUUAAGAUUUAAUCUUUGCU